UCACUGCGUCCUUUACGUGAACGCGAACUUCCGGGUCGAUCAUAGGUCCGGUAGGAAAUAAACAGGCUUGUUUUUCCGGUUCUGCGCGGUGCCUCAGUUGUUUCAAGUGUCUCUCAGCUUUGCGUUAAGACGCCCUCGGGCCGUUUCUUGAUUGCAGGCAAGAUGUCGGUGCGGAAAGUUGCGCUCGUGACAGGCUCGAACAAAGGCAUCGGGCUGGCGGUGGUGCGCGCGCUGUGCAAACAGUAUGACGGAGACGUGUACCUGACGGCGCGCGACGUAGAGCGCGGGACGGCGGCCGUGGACGGGCUGAAAGCGGAAGGACUGGCGCCGCUUUUCCGCCAGCUGGACAUCACGGACCCCGCGAGCGUGCGCGCGGCGCGUGACUUCUUCAAAGCGGAGUACGGCGGCGUGGACGUGCUCAUCAACAAUGCGGGGAUCGCCUUCAAAAUGGCUGAUAAAACACCGUUUGGUAUCCAGGCUGAAGUGACGCUCAAGUCUAAUUUCUUCGCCACUAGAGAUAUGUGCAACGAGUUCCUUCCUAUCAUCAAGCCAGGAGGAAGAGUGGUGAACGUUUCCAGCGUGAUGGGUUCCAUCGCUCUGAGCCGCUGCAGCCCGGAGCUCCAGGCUCGCUUCCGCAGCAAUGACAUCACAGAGGAAGAGCUGGUGGGGCUGAUGGAGCGCUUCGUGAAGGAUGCUAAGGAAAAUGCACACACUCAAAGAGGCUGGCCUGAGACCGCGUAUGGCAUGUCCAAGACCGGCCUGACUACCCUGACCAGGAUCCAAGCCCGGAGACUCACGCAGGAGAGGGCUGGGGACGAGAUCCUGUGCAAUGCCUGCUGUCCAGGCUGGGUCAGGACCGACAUGGCUGGGCCAAAUGCUACAAAGUCUCCAGAUGAGGGCGCCAUCACUCCAGUCUAUCUAGCUCUUCUACCACCUGGGUCCAAGGAACCCCAUGGGCAGUUUGUGUCAGAAAAGCAGGUGCAGGCCUGGUGAGCAUAUGUGUUUGCUUGACAAUAAGCCAGUUUGGUUUUUCUGUGCAUUAAUGAGACGAUCAUUGAAACACUCCUUGGCAUGUGUGCUGAAUAAAAUAAAACAAUACAAUCUGUGUCAGUCUGAAUAGUUCACACAACCAGAUAAGAGGAUUGAUUUAUUGAUUCAAGAUCUUUAUCAUUGUAUUUGUGCCUUAUUCAGUUGAUAAUUAAUAUGUUUAUAAUUACACCAUUUAUCAUAUCCAUCACCAAUGUUAAUGAUUUAUACUCAUGGCUUGUGGACUAUAAACUAAAAUAAAUAUUUUCACAUUCAUGUUCCUUUCAUUCUACAAAUGUUAUCAUCAAAAAUAUUUUUUGUUUUAAAACACUACUAUGCAUGGCUUCUGACCAUAAACUAAAUAAAAGACUUUUCUAUACAA